UUACAAGCUGUGCCUCGUGUGUGCCAGUCGGAUCGAGAAGAAAAUUCCGAUGAUGGAAGAUUCGACUCAGGCGGAGAACACAGAGACGGCGACGGUGAGUCAGGACACUGCCGGCGAGGAAGCUGGAGACACUGCAUGCGUGUUGAAGCACCUGAAACUUCAGCGCGGGCGCAAGGCCGCCGCGUUUACUCGUGCCUGUAACACGGCGGAGGCUCAGAUCGCGCGCCGAGCUAGCGAGGAAGAACUAAAGAAGCGGCUCGAAACCCUGAAUGCGACACUGGAUGGUUUCAUGGAGGCGAAUGACGCCUAUGUUGAGAAGGUGCAGGAGGUCUGCGAACUGGAAGAAGCGGAAGAGUACGCCACCCGACUGACGGCACGGCACGCCGAGACGGUGAAAAGAAUUGAAGAGGCGACUACGCACCGACCAGUGAGCUGCUGCGCGGCGUCGCAAGCAGAUGACAGACCACCACCAUCAAAGUUGCAUCACGGGGGGAGUAGAGCGAACGGAUCCCGUGUUUCAGGAGUCUCCAGAGCGGCGUCCAGGGAAGCUGUAAUAACGGCAGAGAUGAAAAGCCUGGAGCUGAAGCAUUUGAAAGCCAGGCAAGACAGAGAAAGGCAGCUGAGAAACCAGGAAACAGAAAGAACAGCUCAGAGGAGAAGAGAAGAAGACAGGAUGGAAGAAGAGAAGAGGAUGAUGGAGGAAAAGGAGUUAGAAGAGAAGAGGAUGAUGGAGGAAAAGGAGUUAGAAGAGGAGGUGGAACGAGCGCAGCAGAGGGCAAGACUUCUGAGGGCUGCAGAAAAUGACCUUGAAUGGGAGCGGAGAAACGACUUUGAUGACGAGAUCCCAGUGGAGGUGGAGCCUAACCACUGUGAUGUAACAAGAGGCGUCCGUCAUACGUCAGGUGAGCAGCGGCCGGCACCCAAUGGUGGCGAAGUUCCCCGCUGCAUCUCGUCAUCACCCAGAGCUGUCGGUGUUCCUCAAGGCGAGAAUGGGGUGCACAAGAAUGACGGAUUGGCUCGUGCCAGCUGGAUCCCACCGCCAGCCUCACCCCGACGGAAUGACCUGGCAGGACCAUCAGCGUUCGUGAAGAGCAUACCGCGACUGACUCUGCCAACGUUCCGUGGAAAUGCACGUGAGUGGCCGCGCUGGAUUGGUCUUUUCAAAGCCUUGGUGCAUGAUCAGCCGUCCCUGUCGGAUGCUGAGCGCAUGGCUCACCUUCAAAACGCGGUGGAAGGGGCCGCGGCCCAGGCCAUUGACGGCAUGUUAUUCAACGGUGACUUGUAUCACGAGGCCUUGAAAACCUUGCAAGAUAGGUUCGGACGAGAGGAAGACAUCAUCCAGGCCCACCUGCGAAAUGUGUUCAUGACCUCGCCACCGUCACUAAUGGACCUCCCAGCGAUGGAGAAGUUUUAUGCGGUCGUCCAUAACACAGUCACCGUCCUGCGAAAUCUCGGCUACGCGAGUGACCUGUCAAGCAGUGAAAACUUGAGAAGAGUGGUCGAAAAGCUGCCGAGCGAGCUAGCCCGAGAGUGGGGCCGUGAAGUGUUCCGGCUGCGACCGACGAGACCGACUCUGGAGACGUUCACCGAGUGGCUCCAAGUCCAAGUCAGCAUCCUGAGCUUCUCUGCUGUCCAGUCCGGGACUUCAACAUCGGAACGGAAACGUGCAACAGUUGCUUCAAGGGACGGCCCUGUUCGGCGAACAGCGCUGGCGACAGGAGCUAAUGGUGAAACCGAACCAGAGGCCCGCUCUCUGCCAGUGUGCGUGGUGUGCAGCAGUAACCACAGGCUGAGCGACUGCUCAGAAUUCAAGGCCAAGACCCCAGACGCAAGAAGCGCUGUUGCCUAUGAAGAAGGUCUUUGCUUUUCAUGCCUCAAGAAGGGCCACUGGAGCAGAAGCUGCAAAGUGUCUCGGCGGUGCAAUGUGAAGGGAUGCAAGCUCACGCACCAUCCGCUUCUCCACCGCGGAUCAAGUCGGUCAGGAACCGAUCAGAGCAACUCGAGGAGGGAUCAGUCGUCAGCAGGGACAACCACGGGAGCGCCUGAAUCUUCAGCUGAAGGUAGUUCCGGGAACCAGCCGUUUGUAGCGGCCUCGGUAAAAACGGACACAGACACACUGCUACAGAUUGUUGCUGUGCGGGUUCACGGGCCCCGUGGUUCGACAGACGUUCUGGCACUCCUGGAUGCUGGAGCUCAGACAUCACUGUGUCGUGAGGAUGUUCUGGAGGAGCUGGGCGUUGCCGGGGAGCGACACCCGCUCUGCAUACAAAACGUGGAGACCAGUGGCACUCAGCGUCCGUCCGAGAGAGUGAAACUGAAGAUCAGCCCCCUUGGCACAGGGGCAAAGAAGUGCAUCAACAUUCCUGAAGUGUGGUCUGUGCCAGCGCUGAAUGUGACUGCGAAUACGAUGACGAAGAGUCAGCUUCAGAGAUUUGAACACCUUCGUGAUCUGGAGUUCCCGCAAUAUAAUGGCGGGCAGGUGAAGCUGUUGAUUGGUGCAAACGUCCUUGAAGCAGUGCUGCAGAAGGAGGUGCGUGUGGGACGUCCGAAUCAACCGGCUGCUGUGAAGACAGACCUAGGGUGGACCCUGACGGGCUGCGUGUCUGACAUCGUGCCCAGCAGCAUGCGCCAGGUCAUGUUUCUGAGACGUCAAUCGAGUGAGAGCGAAGUGGAGCUGUGCGCUGCCGUCAACGAAUGGUGGUCUGCAGAAGCAUCUGGAACAAAGGACAGUGAAACGACGUCACGAUCGGAGAUGGAUAAGAAAGCACUCCAGAUGCUGGAAAGAAACACGACCAAAGGUGGAGAGCGAUACGAGACCGGUCUGCUGUGGAAGGAGACAAGUCCUACACUUCCCAACAGCAAGCGACAGGCUAUUCAGCGACUACAGGCCACGGAGAGAAAGCUCGAGAAGCUUCCAGAGGUCGCAGGGAAGUACCUUGUCAUCAUCAACUCCUACGUCGCCGAGAGACAUGUAUCGGUCGCUGCUGUCUCGGCAGACGCACUCACAGAACAGAAUGAGUUUGAGCUGGGCCAGCAGCUACAGGAGGCUCAGCAGGAGCUGCAGAAGCAGUCCAGCCAGCUGGAGGAACAGCAGCAGGCAGCUGCCAGACUCCAGGAACAGCGGACCAUGGCCACCGCAGACUACAGGAAGGCAGAUGCCGGCCUCACCAGAGCGUUGGCCGCUGAGCUGGCCGCCUGUCGGGAGCGCGACCAGGUGCUCUCGGACAAGGCGAGCUUGGUACAGCAGCUGGAGCGGCGCGCUGCUGAGGUGGCCCGGCUGACGGCCGAGCUUGCCGACCGAGGAGCUGAACUGGCUGCAGCUAAUGCGGCAAAGUAUCGGGCGCUGGUACAGGUGGAGGAAAUUGCCGCCAAGGAGAUCAAUUUCCAGUACAGAGAGAGGAAGAUGGCGAGUGAGAAGGAGGUGCUGGAGAAGCAGAUGUCUCUGCUGCUGGAGAGCCUGAAGUCGCAAGCAGAGGAGCUGUCCACGCUGCGCCGCCAGCACAGCUCGCGGAACCUCCAGCUGCAGGCCGACCUUGCCAUCAAGAUGCACCAGCUGGGGACGGAGCAGGCGGAAAAAGAACGGCUGACACAGCAGGCGGCCGACCUGGAGCAGCGGCUCACCGAAAUGGUGGAGAAGCCCCGGCUGCAGCGUGAGGCCGAGAUCGAGCAGGAGGAAAACUAUCGACAGCAGCUGCGGUUACAGGAGCGGCUGGCGCAGCCCUACAAAGAGGGCGUCGAGAAGGCGGAGGCCAGGUCGAAUGAGAUGCUGCGCUCGGUGGACGAGCUGCGGUCACUGCUGAGCUCGGCCAGCGAGCAGCAAAGCCAGCUGGAGGUGCAUCUGGACGAGACGCACACCCAGCACGGCCAGCACCUGGUGGAGCGCGACAAGGUGAUCCUCCAGCUGCGUGACCGGCUGGAGACGUACGAGGAGCAGCUGCAGGCAAUCACCCGCAAAGGUAGCCUUUCAGACGAGGCGGUGGAGGCCACGUCACCGUCCGCCGCCGCCGUCAGCCGGCUCCUGCGGCAGGGCAUGACGCUCACACAUAUCUUCACCGGGUUCAGUCAGGCCAAGGAGCAGCUGACGGCCACAGAGGCCGAGAGCAAGCAGUUCAAACUGUGCCUCGACCAGAUCCUGAAGGACAUUGAUAAGUGGACGCCGGCCAUCCAGAGACAGCGCAAGGAUUAUGAGGCGGCGGUGCAGACGAUCGACUCUCCCACAGGUAACAAUUACGAGGCAUUACGGAAGCUGGAAACAGCACGCGCCAAGCCUGACGGCGCCCGCCGGCGACUGCGUAUCGUACAACACGAGAGGGAUCGGCUGGCCGCCCAGACAGCGGACCUGGCAAUGCAGUUUUGUGUGCCGCUGAAGAAGGUGGAGGAGGCGCGCGGCGGGUUCGUCGCCACACCCCGGUACGAGCUCGAGCUGGACACCUUCUCCGUCGGACGGCUGAUCGCCCAGCGUCUGGUCACCUUCCGGGACAAAGAGGGGCUCCAGGCGCGCAACCAGGAGCUGCUGUCCGUGGUGCGCGAACUGAGCGCUGCCCGGGAGAAGCUGAACACGCAGCGCUCAUGGCUGCGUCCCGUGGACAACUGAUCACUGCCUGCUGCGGUCCCAUGCCCGAGAUACCAACCGUCCAGUCCCCCAUAGCCGGUGCUCAUCUGCGUUUUCUCGGAGAAGAUAUCCAAAAGUCGUCCGUCAUUUCCAUUGUGCGUGUGACUUGACGCCCCCUGCCCACUGACCGUUCGCGACGGCUCUGGUAUUUUUGUGCCUUCCUGACAGGGACCUGAGUCUGAGUUCAGGGCUGUGUAAAGGAUGCCGUAGCCGCGCGCGAGUGUUAGGCCCGCUUUAUCUCGCUACGCACCUUUCUGGUAUGCUGAGCAUGUCUUUACUUACAUGGAGCUUGGAAAUGAUCGUUACCCGCGCCCGUUUCGGUUAUCACCUUGCUUGACUGUUGGUUUGUGCUGUUCAAUUUGUCGGUCAAAUGUAUGUGUUCGACGUUCGUAGUGAAGCCGAACACAGGGGGGAGUGAUGUUGCCGACAAAUUGCACCUAUGCAAGGCGGUACGGGCGAGAGACUCGGCGCUGCCGAGCCGAACCGCCGCCGCGCCGCCGAGCCGAGCGCCGUCCGCGGUCGCGGGACGCUGGCGUCCCCUCUGACCCGGCUGGCCGGCCGGCGCGGCAGGGCGGCUCCCUGUUUGCGUAGGACCGGCCCAGGUCCGGGCCAUUGUGUGGGGCACGCACGUGCGCGCCCAGCGUGUGUGUUUUCCGGGUGGAGCGCUGGACGCCCGGGCCAUUUUUAGCCUUUUCUGUGUGCUCUGACCGUCCUCAACGCGUCUUGUUUUCACCCCCUGUCGCUGUAUAUAAACUAGUUGUAAACACCCCCCGCCCUCACUUCACCUUUCGACUUCGACGGGGACACUGCGCUGCCCCUAGCUCUCUUCCCGGUACGUUUCGCUGCCUUGUCCGCCAAAUAUAGUGAACUAGAAGACAAAGUGUGUGAGAAGCCCGAGUGAGAAGUGAAACAGUGCGCGGUCUACACACAGAUGAGAUAUUCGACGGAGAUGCGGCAGGCGUAUCGGUUCCGGUGACCAGGUCUACUGACUAUCCUUUUUUAUCCUAAAACAUUCCUAAAACUCUCUAAGAAGGGGGUUCCUUUGUCGUCGGCAUCCGGCGCUCUAUAUUUAGGCCCUAACAUACUCCCUGAGAGGGGAAUUCCUUUGACGUCGGUAUCCGGCGCUCUCAUAUUUUAGGCCCUAACAUACUCCCUAAGAAGGGGGUUCCUUUGACGUCGGUAUCCGGCGCUCUCUUAUUUAGGCCCUAACAUACGCCCUAAGAAGGGGGUUCCUUUGCCGUCGGUAUCCGGCGCUCUUUUAUUAGGUCCAAAUAUACUUCCUAAGAAGGAGGUUCCUUAGUCGUCGGCAUCCGGCGCUCUAUCCUGUAUCCAAUAUUUAGUUGUAUCUUAACUAGGCUAACGUGAUAGGUUAUAACAUUUAUUUUCCCAAUUUUCCAAUUAAACCAUUUUCCUCCUGGAUCUCGGUCACCAAACAACCAAAUGCUGUGCGAUGCGCGAUUAAAUACAGUCCACACCAUGAAAGGAGAUUCGAACGAAAG